CGACUGAAGGCGUCCAGACGAAAACGACCGUUCUGUGGUAGAAUCACCCGGAUGUUGUUCUUCAUCAGCGCCGUCUAUGUCCUCUCCUACCUCACCAGCAUCACGCUCUCCGUGGUGAGAGUGGCCAUCCCUGGGGUCAUUCUUUCCCUGAACUCAGGUCCACAGGCCGUGUACAGCCUGUUUCUGUUGAGUUACCUAGUCAACUCCGGCGUCAAUCCAAUAUUCUACAGUUUUUACGACAGGAACUUCAAGAAGGAGUCCAAGAAGAUGUUUAAAUUGAUCACGCGCAGAAAGAAUGGAUGUUUGUAACAUGAACAGAACGCCAAUAGGAUAUGUUUAACAUGAACAGAAC